AUGCCUUUGCAACUACACAAAUGGACCGAUAGAGAAGAUGAAAUACUUCGAAAAGAGGUUUUGGCGCAACUGGCACAAGGCGAGGUCAAAGACUGGUGCUGUAUCGCCAGUCAAUUACCAGGCCAUACCAAUAGAGAUUGUAGGAAACGGUGGCAUAAUGUUGUGUCUGGAGGCCUUAAUAAGGGUCAUUGGACGGCUGAGGAAGAUAAGCUUCUAAUCGACGCAGUUGCAAAACACGGGGAAAGCUGGACAGUUGUGGCAAAUAAUGUCUCGACUCGAAAUGCGGACCAGUGUUCGAAGCGAUGGAAGCAAUGUCUUGAUCCUGACUUAGACCGGAGCCAAUGGUCUGAAGAGGAGAACCGUCGAUUGUUUGACGCAUAUGAGAAAAAAGGGCGACGUUGGAAGGAAAUACAAGUAGAAUAUUUUCCGAAUCGUUCAAGGAACGCCAUCAAGAACCAAUAUACAACUUUGAGUCGACGAUUACGACAACAUGCCGAGCGAGCGCCGACGGGACGGAGAAGGGCCGAACUUUCGACAAAAACCGGGGAGCAGGAGCAGCAGAGACAGAAUAUGAACACACAUAGUGCAAGCAUCAGAUCAGACGUUGAAGAGAAGCUGGAUCUGGCAGAAUCGAACUGUUUUUCGUCGGCUGAUGAUUCUAGCGAUGAAGAUAUGGAAAUGGCCGAGGCCUCCGUAGAGAGCGACGUGCAGCAACGUCUCUCAGCGAAUGUAUCUCUUAUGGAGUCCAGUAACACCAGUAUAGAUAGCAGUUUGCCUUGCAUUCCUUCGCCAGCGGAUGCAAUGAUGUACGCCUCUUCGUUAUCUCACGAAUAUGAAAUAAUGAUAGAAUCCGGACUGGAAGGACUCUUGGAAAACAUCACGGAGCUUGAACCAUUUCCCUCUCUUGAAGGAGUACGCGGCGACACCGACCAGCUCCGGAUCAACCCGUCGGGCGAAAUCUCAGUGCAGACUUUUGCGAACGAGGGAGGUAAAAACGAUGAUGAUGAUGGAAAUAUGCCCUUAGCACUGCCCUUUCAGUUCGACGACGGAGGCAUGUUACUUCAGCAGCAAACAUACCCUAUCACCAAGAUCGCAGAAGAUGAUGAGAUGGCUGCGGUGGGCUAUCCAGAUAUUCCCUUAAAAAGUCUAAUGCCAGAGCAUAAUUCUGGCUCUGCCAGCCCUGAGAGGGUUACUUUGACACUGUACAACCCCAGCUCGGACACAAUUGCGUCUCUGAUGAAGGUUGCAGUAUCAAACAACUCACCAUUCCUAUUUGAAAGGCAUUGA